AUGCAAGAUCUGGAAAACGAGCAAAGAAAAUUGCAAUCACAUGUGAAUGGUCAACAAGUAAAGACCCCAUACUGGACCCUCGUUCUGGAAUCAUCACCAAGCACGGUGAUGAUUCCAAAACUGCAUCACUUCGUCUCCAUGCCGUUCAUCAUCAACGUUUUUGGAUUGGCCUUCUACGGUGUGGGAUUGAAUAGCAUGGGAGCAGGAAUCGGAUUGACGUUCGGAGCAAUUAACAUUGGCAGAGGAUACGGAUGGAGAAUCACAGCCAUAGUGGGGAUUCUCUCCUUUCUUCUUGGUCCACUGUUAACAUAUGCUUUCGAUUUGCUCAGUCCAUCAUACAAUCGAUUUCCUUAUAAGGCUGCAUCGGUCAUUGCGAUUCAAUCCCUGCUAUAUUUCCUGUCCAAAAAUUUUCCGUUGGUCUUCGAAGGAAUGAAAGAACGACUCUUGAAUCGCUGGAAUUGA